CAUCAUUCGAGAACCACAUCAAUUUGACGUCCUUUUCCCUCCCCCCAACCGCCCAAGAUGUUCUUCUUCGGUCUUGGGAAGCUCGUCUACGUCAUCAUCCUCCUCAUCAACUCCCUCGCUGUCCUCUCCGAAGACCGCUUCCUAGCCAGAAUCGGAUGGGGCCGCACACAAAACGACCCAGCCUUCGGCGCAACCUACGAUACCACCAGCGUCAAAGCGAAGACCAUUAAUCUGAUUGCGAGUGUGAGGACAGUUAUGCGAAUACCGCUUAUUGUGAUCAAUACGAUAAUCAUCGUGUACGAGCUUAUUCUGGGUUAGAGUGGGAUUGAAAGCUGAACUGGGGAUAAUAUGAAUGAGGAUUGGGGAGUUGUGAUAUAAAUGCAUACAUAUAUGAUUACUACUACUGCUGCUGGGAUUCUUGCUCUGGUUUUGGGGGGUUUAAAGAGGAUGUGUCUGUAUUCCAACCUUUGCCUUCUUCUUUCUUCUUGUUAUGUUUACUGUAUGAUUGAAAUUGGAUUGAACAGAAC